AUGGAUAAAAGUCACAUUCAGAAAGUAAUUUUAGUUGGUGGUUCAUCAAGGAUUGCGAAAAUUAAUACCAUUCUUCAGAACACUUUCCCAGAUAUUUCAUUAUGCAAGGAUAUCGACUAUGAUAAGGCGAUAACAAAGAGUGCAGCAAUAUACGCUAAUAUUCUGUUAAAUACUGAAAUUGAGUCACCACUUUUCAUCGAAGAUAUUACCCCGUUUCCAUUGGGAGUAAGAACUUUUAAGAAUGAAGAAAAUCACACUUUUAGCGUAGUCCUACAACAAUAUUCGAUCAUUCCUUGUUCACACACCCGGAUGUUUACUACUGCUAAAGAUAAUGCUACUACAGUCUAUAUUGAGAUUUAUGAAGGAGAAUCCAAAAUAGCAGAAGAUAAUCAAUUUCUAGGUUAA